AUGUCGGACUACGAAGGAAGGUACGAAGGGAACGGAGAGGACGCUGACAACUAUGGCGAUGGGGGUUCCUCUCCCCAACCUCGUGCUACCAACCAUGGCGGUCCCGACGAUUACAGCGAUUCCAAAUCUCAGCAUGGCUCUCGUGACUAUGAGAGAGAAUCUUCAAAGAGUAGAGAAAAGGAAAGAGAAAAGGGGCGUGAUAAGGAGAAGGACAGGGACAGAGAUCGGGAGAGGGAGAGGGACAGAGAUAGAGAUAGGGGGAGAAGCAAGGACAAAGAUAGGGAAAGGGACAGGGACAGAGAUAGGAAUAGGGAUAGGGACCGAGAUAGAGAAAGAGAAAGGUCUCGAGAUAGGGAUCGUGAUCGUCAUCAUAGGGACCGCCACAGGGAUCGUGAGAGAAGUGAGCGGAGGAGAGAUAAGGACGAUGAUGAUGAUGAUCACUACCGUGUCCGGGACUCUGAUAGGCGGAGGGAUAAUGACAGAGACAGGGAGGAUAGGCAUAAGCGCAAGUCUCGGUCUCGUUCAAGAGGUAGAUCUGAGCACAAAUCCAGAUCGAGGUCACGUUCUCGUUCACGCUCAAAAAGCAAAAGGAUUAGCGGUUUUGACAUGGCGCCUCCUGCUUCUGCAAUGUUAGCUGGUGCUGCCGUUGCUGCAGCAGGGCAAAUUCCUGGGACUAGUCCGACCAUUCCUGGGAUGUUCCCAAACAUGUUCCCUUUAGCGACUGGCCAGCAGUUUGGAUCCCUCCCGGUUAUGCCUGUACAGGCAAUGACUCAACAGGCUACCAGGCAUGCCCGACGGGUGUACGUUGGAGGGCUUCCUCCUACAGCAAAUGAACAGUCGGUUGCUACAUUUUUCAGCCAAGUUAUGGCUGCAAUUGGAGGGAAUACAGCUGCCCCAGGAGAUGCUGUUGUCAAUGUUUACAUUAACCACGAAAAGAAAUUCGCUUUUGUUGAGAUGAGAUCGGUUGAAGAGGCCAGCAAUGCAAUGGCUCUGGAUGGAAUUAUUUUUGAGGGAGCCCCUGUAAAGGUGAGGAGACCUAGUGACUACAACCCAUCUCUUGCUGCAACACUUGGUCCAAGCCAGCCAAGUCCCAAUCUGAACCUGGCUGCUGUUGGGCUUACACCGGGUUCUGCUGGUGGGCUUGAGGGUCCUGACCGCAUAUUUGUGGGUGGGCUACCUUAUUACUUCACAGAAGCACAGAUCAAGGAGUUGCUGGAAUCCUUUGGACCCCUUCGUGGUUUUGAUUUAGUGAAAGACAGGGAAACAGGAAACUCAAAAGGCUACGCGUUUUGUGUUUAUCAAGAUCUUUCAGUUACAGACAUAGCUUGUGCAGCACUUAACGGUAUUAAAAUGGGUGACAAGACCCUCACAGUUAGGCGUGCUAAUCAAGGUGCCAACCAGCCCAAACCAGAGCAAGAGAGUGUUUUGUUGCAUGCACAGCAGCAAAUUGCAUUGCAGAGGUUCAUGUUGUUGCAACCACCUAGUUCUGUUGCCACCAAGGUUGUAUGUUUAACUCAAGUAGUAACUGCAGAUGAGCUUAGGGAUGAUGAUGAGUAUGAAGAUAUUUUGGAAGACAUGAGGCUGGAAGGCGGAAAGUUUGGACCGUUAGUGAAUGUCAUCAUCCCACGUCCAAGACCAGAUGUUGAACUGUCACCCGGAGUUGGGAAGGUGUUUUUAGAGUAUGCAGAUGUUGACGGUUCUACGAAAGCCCGCACUGGGUUGAAUGGCAGGAAGUUUGGUGGUAAUCAGGUGGUAGCAGUGUUUUACCCGGAAGACAAGUUUGCCCAGGGCGAUUACGAGGGCUAG